AGUGUAUCUUCAAAAAGUUUCAAAAAAAAAAUCUCCGAUUUAGCCUCUCACUUAGAACCGCCUCCAUCUUCCACAACAAAUAUCAAUGGCGUCCGACGACGAAACAAAAACAACAACAACGACAAAGAAGAAUCAAACCCAGAUUCGUAUCGCCCAAAACGGCGCCGUUGGGAGCCUCGUGGCCUGGGGUGGAGCCUUCGCUUUCGCCUGCUUACUCGCCGCUUCCACGUUCAAGAGGAACAGGAAGAUCAGAUCCGCCGAGAGGAGUAAAGAUGACGGUGGCUCUGGCCAAAGCGCCGCCCGCUGCGGCGGCGAGCCUCCGCAGAUGGAAGGGCUGCGGCUUCUUCUCCAGUCUUCGUCCACUGAUUUCAUCAGUUCAUGCCGCACGGCGCCUGAAAUGUCAAAGAAGAAAGCCUUCCAUAAACCGACGGCGGAGAUGACGACGGCGUCCGUCAACCACGUGUCAGUAGGAGACUCCGAUUGCAACGAAAAUGGAACGCCGGAGGACGAGAAAAUGGUGGUUAUUAUUUAUGAAGAAGAGCAAGAUGAAGAGUACAGGGCAGAUUAUGAAAAAUAUGAAAAAAUCCCAAAAGUUGCAGAGGAGGGCUCUUCAAUUGGGAUUCACGACGACGAAGCCACGUGGCUGGCGGAGUGGACGACGGAUGAAUCUUCGUCCUCAUCGGAGGAAGAAGAAGAAGAAAAGAAAGUUACGGCGUAAGAAGAUGGCGACGCCAUUGAUGUAAUUAUUGAGCUUGCUUGGUAUUUGCGGCGAACAGAGUGGAGGAGACGACU